CUCAUCAUCUUUCUCAAAGAAAAAAUCUGAUUUCUUAUCCAUGGAAAUGCUGAAUUUUGCCAUUAUUUUUCACAUCCUUCUCACUUUCCUUAUCCAUGCAAAUUCUCAAACUCUUUACAGAUGCAUACCCAACAACAACUACACAGCUAAUAGCAGUUACGAGUCCAGUCUUAGUCUCCUCUUUUCAACUCUCUCAACCAACGCCCCAGGUACCAACGGAUUCUUCAAUUCUUCUGUCAUCCGUACACCAAACGAUACCGUUUACGGCAUCUUCCAAUGCCGUGGGGACACAACCGACGGCUCGUGCCGGGAUUGCGUUAUGGAAGCCACUAGAAACAUAGCACAUCAAUUCUGUCCCUUUAGGAAAAGCGCUGUGGUUUGGUAUGACGAUUGUCUGUUGCGUUAUUCCGAUCAAAAUUUCUUUUCUGUUGUGUCCACUGAGCCACCUUACCCGUUAGAUAGCCAAGUUGAUAUUGGGUUCGACACGGACCGGUUUAACCAAUUAGUGAUGGCCACUUUAACGGCCAUCGGGGCUAAUGCUUCCUCGUCGGUAGCAGGGGAAAUGUUUGCGACGCAUGAGGCGAUUUUUACAUCAAAUAUAACGCUUUACACUUUGGCACAGUGUAAUUCGGAUUUGUCAAACACGAAUUGCCAAGAUUGCUUAACGCGAGUGAUUAGGGGUAUUCCUCGCUGUUGUGCUAAUAAAGUUGGUGGGAGGAAUUUGUUUCCGAGCUGUUAUGUUCGUUAUGAACUUUACCCGUUUUAUCAGCUCAGUAGGAUCACCAACCAGAUACCGCCUUCUGAACCCGCAACUCCUGAUCAACAACCACCACUUCAUUCCUCAGUUUGUAGAGCAGGGGAAAGCAAAUCCUCGAAUGUGAUUAUUAUAGCAAUCGUGGUUCCAAUAACUGCUUCCAUUCUGCUUUUGGUUUUGUGCUUGAGUGUCCUUCUCUGGAGAGCAAACAGGAAAUACAUGAUUCUUGUUAAGCAAGAGAGUGUUUUAAAUGAGAUCAUCGAUGUUGAUUCUCUUCAAUUUGAUUUCGAUACAAUCCAUGCUGCUACAAACAAUUUCUCAGAGGAAAACAGGGUGGGUGAAGGUGGAUUUGGUGUUGUCUACAAGGGCAGGCUUGAAAAUGGACAAGAGAUAGCAGUGAAAAGAUUGUCGAGAGGAUCCUUACAAGGUUCUGAAGAGUUCAAGAAUGAGGUCAUGCUGGUUGCUAAACUUCAACACAGAAAUUUAGUAAGGCUAUUGGGGUUUUGCUUGGAGGGUGGAGAAAAGAUUCUUAUCUAUGAAUACAUUCCCAACAAAAGUCUUGACUAUUUCCUAUUUGAUAAUGGAGGGCAGAAAGUGUUGGAUUGGUUAAGUCGACAUAAGAUCAUCAAUGGCAUUGCUCGAGGAAUGUUAUAUUUACAUGAGGAUUCUCGACUUCGGAUUGUCCAUCGUGAUCUUAAAGCUAGUAAUGUCUUGUUAGAUGAGGAAAUGGAUCCGAAGAUUUCAGAUUUUGGUAUGGCAAGAAUUAUUCAAAUUGAUGAAACUCAGAAAAACACACGUCGAAUUGCUGGUACCUACGGUUACAUGUCUCCUGAAUAUGCAAUGCACGGAAACUUCUCUAUAAAAUCUGAUGUGUAUAGCUUUGGAGUGUUGCUGUUGGAGAUUAUAACCGGAAAGAAAAAUCACACAUUUUCUUUGUUAGGUAUUGGUGAAGACAUCUCGACUUACGCUUGGAAGCUAUGGAAUGAUGGAACUCCAUUGGAUAUACUGGAGUCGAGUUUGAGGGACAAGUGCUCAAGAGAUAUGGUGAUUAGAUGCAUCCAUAUUGCUUUACUUUGUGUUCACGACGAUCCUAUACAAAGACCUUCCAUGGCAUCCAUUGUUCUUAUGUUGAAUAGUUAUUCGGUUACUUUGCCUGAACCUAAAGAGCCAAUGUACUUCAAGAGCAAUAUUAGAGAGAAUAAUGAUAUUGCCGCAGUAGAUGUUGAUCACUCUAAGGAUCCAUCUUCCAAUACAAUAUCUACAAGUGAGAUGUACCCACGAUGAAGUAUAUGCCUUUGAAAUGACUUAUUUUUAGUGAUUGUAAUGAAGCAGAGUGUAUGCAUGUUCCAUUACUUUCAAAGUUGUAUCGAGGAGUACAUGGCAUUAUUUUCGAAAGUGUAUUAGGGCUUUUAUUCCAUUGGCAAAUGGAUUAUUUAACUAGGAGUUAGGUAGAGAUGUGGAGGUGAUUUAACUUGUGACAGUGUAAGUGUUUAAAAUUUCAAUAUUAUGAGAAAAAUGUCAUGGAAAUCAACGAAAAGAAAAUUUAGUUGGUUAGUGAUA